GUUGGUGGAUUUGUUGCCGGAGCGAUGACACGGAGAAGAGAUAUUCCCUUUGUUUUGUUUAGCAGAGGUCAAUUAAACUUGGGUUUCCCGCUAAAAGAAAAGAUGAGUGAACAGCAUUAUUAUCCCCUAAAAGGAAAACAAGUAGAGAAGUGACCGUAUAUAAACAACAUGGAAUUAUUUCAGCAGGAAGUUGGGGUAAAUAUAAUAAAACCAGAACUUUGCAUAUCACUCUGCGAGGUAAGAAUGAGACCUGGUGCUGAGACGCUCAUGUGGUCACUGGUCAUAGAAGGCCUGUGUUCAGUGGAUGUGCUGUGUUUGUGUGUCUGUUUAUUCACCUGCACAGGUGGAGGAAAUCUGUCGUGUUCGGUCGCAGCGUACAAAAGCCCAACCAAGUGUCGAAGGCAGAGGCGAGCGAGAAGGCCGCUGUGCAUACGCACGAGGUGCUCGGCUGCACGAGCAGCCCGGGUCGGGCCGAGCCUGCACUCCACUGUGUGCCUGCCUGCUCUGCAUCCCACCCUUGAAGGCAGACAGGAGGGCGUGCACAUCGACCCAUGGGAGGAUGCCGACUACAGCAUCUACAAGGUCACCGACCGCUUCGGCUUCAUGCACGAAGAGGAGUUACCCACUCCAAGUGCAGUGGAGGAGAAGCAAAAGCUGCAGGAAAUAGAGCGGGUGGAGAAAUGGCUGAAGAUGGUGAAGAAGUGGGACAAGUACAGGAACAGCGAAAAGAUGUUCCGGAGGAUCUACAAAGGAAUCCCGCUGCAGCUGCGCGGCCAAGCCUGGUGCCUGCUACUGGACGUGGAGAAGCUGAAGAGCGAAAAUGCCGGCAAAUACGAGAAAAUGAAGGCACAAGCGCGGCGCUACUCGGCGGAUAUAAAGCAGAUCGACCUUGACGUCAACAGGACCUUUCGAAACCACAUCAUGUUCAUGGAUCGCUUUGGAGUCAAGCAGCAGGCCCUGUUCUACGUGCUGGCGGCCUACUCCGUCUACAAUACGGAGGUGAGCUACUGCCAGGGGAUGAGCCAGAUCGCCGCCAUCCUGCUCAUGUACAUGAAUGAGGAAGAUGCCUUCUGGGCCCUGUCUCAGCUGCUGACCAACCAGAAGCACGCCAUGCAUGGGUUCUUCGUUCCCGGAUUUCCCAAACUGCAGCGGUUCCAGGCCCACCACGACCAGAUCUUGUCCAAGCUGAUGCCCAAGCUCAAGAAGCACCUGGACAAGGAGCAGAUGUCCACGGGGAUCUACACGACUAAGUGGUUCCUGCAGUGCUUCAUAGACAGGACGCCUUUCACCCUGACGCUGCGGCUGUGGGACAUCUACAUCCUGGAGGGGGAGAAGAUCCUCACAGCCAUGGCUUACACCAUCCUGAAACUGCACAAGAAACGUCUACUCAAAAUGUCCCUGGAGGACCUGCGCGAGUUUCUGCAGGAGAAGAUCUCUGGAUCCUUCUACCUGAGCGACGACACCGUCGUUGAGCAGCUGCAGGCAUCCAUGGCAGAGCUGCGCAAGAUGAAGCUGGACAUCCCUCCUCCAGCAAAGCCAGACGAGUUUCCCAAGAGGCCGCUGGGGCUGGAGCUGGAGCUGCCACUGCUGUUGGCACCAGUGAAGCCCCCACAGGCGGCCAACGGCGGGAGCCAAGCUGUCGCCGAGCUGCGCUGUCCGCCGGGUCACGAGCCCGAGGUCAUUCUAAAAGACGAGAGCCCAUCCGCUACUGGUCAUCAGGACCUCCCUGGCCUUGGGGGCGAAGACACGCCCAACCUGCCCUCCCCCGAUGCUGUGCUAGUGCACCGGCAAGGUCCCCGGACCCCAGAAGAGCCCCCGCUGGGCUUCCCGACACCAUUGGGUUCGGAUUACUCGGCUCCAAGAGCCUGUGGUGAGGGCAAUGUGAACAUGGGGCAGGAUGCAGUUGGAGGCGGGUCAGCUACCCAAGGGGCGGAGCCAACAAAUGAGCCUAGCGAGGGAUUUCCUCUUUCAUCGGCAGUGGCGGAGUCUCCUGAGGAGCCAGAUUUGCCCCUCCCUCCAUCCUUCCUAUUGGAGGAGUCCACAGAAGCCUCACCCCUGCCCACUGCAGCUGACAUCUUACCUCAGAACAACAUGCCUUCAACCCCAUGCCCCCUCGCAGGGGUCUCCUCUGCUGCUUCUCUGUCGCACAGGGCCUCGCAGCAGGAUUACCCCGGGUCCCUGGCAGCUCCCCAGCAACCAGGGCUCCGACGGCCCUCCAGCACCUCCCAGUAUGAGAACCUGGCUGAGGGCGACCAGGUGGAGGACCAGUUUCUGGAGACGGCUCCCAAUUUCCCAUGCAGCUCCUCACCAGCUACGGACAUCCUUCCAGAAACACCCCCAUCAGAGGAACCCUCCAUGUGGCCUCCCCCUCCCAGUCAGGUACUUGUGGACCAGCAGGACAGCCCUAAGUGUUCCCAGCUAGGGGGCGAUGGCCCUAUUGAGGGGUGGGCAGGACCAGAGCAGACCGCAAGGGUUCCGAUGGUGCGCUCCGCCCCCGAUUUCGACCACAUGGGCACCCCUGGGCGCCCGCUCCCCAAAUCCGUGACAUUUUAAGUACACAAGCUCCAUUUGUGAAGCCAUGACAGCGAGUCGAAAGGAACUCGUCUUUUUUAAACGCCAGAGCCGCACAGCCAUAUUGUCUUGGCUGCUAGGAGCAGCGGAGCUCAGGCUACAGACCUUUGCCUGUCCUUUAUACUGUAAAACAUCUUUUCUAAUUAUAUUUUGUUAGUUUUUUAAUGUCAGUCUGCAGAGAUUAGAUUUAGUAUUUCUAGCUUUACAGAAGAUGCUUGGCCACAGAGUGAAGAACGAGGCAACGUCAGCAGAAGCGUAGAGCCUCAAUUCUGGUUCAUUUGUACGGUACAGCGGUGACAUAAUGGUGCUUACCUUGUUUUUUUGCUAAAAUUUGUCUUAAUUUGUUUUGCAGUAUUAAAAACCAAAAGCUACACAUUCCAGUGUGAGGGCAGCUCUGACCCAAUGGUAGGAAUUGCUUGUGAACAGAAGAGCUUCCUGUUCACAGGUGGUUCUCUUCAGCAUCUUUUGAGAAGAACUUAAUUACUUGUCAGUAUUUCAACUUAAGUUUUACUCCAGGCUUAAACGUGUACAAAAAAAAAUUAUGUAAGGAGUCAAGAUGUUACUUCUGAGCCAACACAUCCACAUGGAUGACUUUGUUGGACUGAGAGACAAACCACUCAGCCUAACGCCAGGUUCAGUUGGAAUAACUCCAUGCUGGCCGUAUGGGCCUUACUUUCUAGCAGCCCAUCCUCAUACAUUUGGCACAACCCCUUUAGUCCCGAUGCUGCCUUGUACGUCAAGCAAGUAGGUUCGUAACUCCAGCAUGCUGAUUUUCUAGCUAAGAAUGUUUUAUGCUGUUCAGUUACUAAUACCAGGGAGAAAAGAGCCUUUGCAGGAUGACAGGUGUUCCUGGGGAAAAGGAGCUGGGAGUGGCAGAGGCUCUUCCUAGUGCUUUAUGUUCUCUGGGAUAUAUGUUUCUGUGGAUGUACCUUCCUCCGGGGGGGGGGGGUUCAGCUUUUGAUGAGCUCAUCUGUAACUUCUCUGCAAAUGCAGAUAAAGUAUCUUUCCCUGCCCCCUUGCAGUUGGUAAAUGAGUGUACAAGGAUGCAGUUAAAUUAGUUUUGUAUUUGACAUUUACAUUAUUGCUUCACUAUUUAGUACCAGGGUGCAGCUGAGCAUAAAGAUUAAAAGGUCAAACAGUCUGACCCCCCAUGAAACACCCCAAUCAUACAGUCUAAAGCAGUUCAAGACAUUUAAACACAUUCCUUCAUAAACAUCGCAGGGCUAUGUCAGGCACUUAAACAUACAGGAUGAGGUGCAUAAUAUUAUUGGACAUUUUUAAAUCAUCUAAUACCCCUCACAGUGAUUCAUAUACAAUGUUAAUUCAGUAAUGUAACUCAUGCAUUUCUAAGUAUGGAAUGACUCCAUGUAAAUGUGCAAUAUUUAGAAUCAGACAUUCACAUUGUGCAAAAUUCACUGCAGAAAAAG